AGCAGAUGUCAGACUCAGAAGUUCUUUUCAUCAAAGGCUACAAGGUUGAUCUCACCAAAAUCCGGGAGACAUAUGGGACUCGACCAGAGGAUCCGGACAAUAGCCGAUUUUUAGCAAUCUGGGAGAAAUUUCCCCUCCCUUUCAAAUAUCUCGGAAACGGGGAUGAGUUGCAUGGGCAUGUCGCCUUGGUGCUGGUCCUUGAAGAUGGAUAUGAUCGAGCGGAUCUCGAAGGGAAAGAAAUACCGGCUCUCGGUGCUCCAUACGACAGUGUUUUCACGCCAGGGAUCUGGGUCAGUCAUUAAGCAAGGUCAGCGAAUCCAUAACGACUCUAACUUCUAAAGUGAUUUAUCCAUUACAUAUAGAUCGAUUGAGUUAGCAACGGGCAAAGGAAUCACCUGUAUUAAU